UUGAACAAGUUGCUCCCAGUGACAACAACAGUGACUCUUCAUCUGGCGGUGGAGUCACAGUAACACAUGAUUUAGCAGCUGACGUUAAUUAAAUCUGGGUAAUAAUGGCCACAGCUCUAGCAAGACCAAUCUCAUUUCCUGAUAUUGGUUUGAGUGAACAAGACCAAGAUGGUAACUCAGCUCUACUAGAACUGGACAGAGGGCUGAAGUCUUCAAGAACGGGGGAACAGUGUGAAGCUAUUUCCAAGUUUCCGGCACUAUUUGAAAAAUAUCCCUUUCCUAUUUUAAUUAAUUCUGCUCUGUUGAAAUUGGCAGAAGUAUUCCGACAGGAGACACCAGGGAGCAACUUUGUGCGGGUUUGUGUGGUGGAAGUGGUGGAGUCGUGCGGACGCCACUUGGACAAGCUCAUCAAUGUGGACGAGUUCCUCCGACGCAUCACCACUGUCAUGCACUCAAAUGAUCCGUUGGCACGGGCCCUUACCUUGCGCACCCUGGGCUGGAUGUCAGGGGUCGUGGGCGAGAACAGAAGAGUUCAACAUCUGAUACGAGAAGCAUUAGAUGCCAAAGAAUCCGUGGAACUUCAGGCUGCCAUCAUGGCGGCAGAGAAAUAUGCUGCUAAAUCAAAAACCUUUGCCAUGAACAUGUGUGAACGUCUCAUCCACAUGAUUGGAGGAUUGGCAACACCAGUUGAUGUGAAGUUACAGCUAAUCCAAGUGUUUCAACACAUGCAUCAUGAUGCUGAAACAGCUGCAACU